AUGUCUCCUUUUCAAGCAUUGUAUGGCUAUGCUCCACCUCACCUAGUUUUUCCAAUUCCUUCUUCUACUUCUGUGGCAACUGUAGAGAACUACUUGCAGGAACGAGACCUUAUGCUGCAAUUGUUGAAAGAGGAACUCUCCAAGGCCCAAAGCAGAAUGAAAUUCAUUGCAGAUAAGAAAAGGUCUGACAGAACCUUUGAGGUGAGUGACUUGGUUUUUCUGAAACUGCAGCCUUACAGGCAAACAUCAAUUGCUGUGAGAAUGAACCAUAAGCUCUCUGCCAAAUAUUUUGGUCCCUUUGAAGUAUUACAGAAGAUAGGAGUUGUUUCUUAUAAACUCAAACUGUCUGUGGGGUCUAGGAUUCAACCAGUUUUUCAUGUCUCACAACUGAAGAAGAAAAUUGGAUUGCAGGCUGUCCUCUCCCCUCAACUUCCAUCAGUAGACCAUGCAAACCAGUUUGUGAUUGAACCAAUUGCUGUUUUGGACACUAGAAUUACUGUCAAAGGCACAUAUGAAAUUCCACAAGUCUUAGUGCAGUGGUGCAACUCAGAUCCAACAGACUCAACAUGGGAAGAUGCUACUCACAUCAAAGAUCAAUUUCCAUAUUUUAUCCUUGAGGACAAGGAUAUCUAA